AGGAUCCCUUCUUCCUCUCGAGCCUGGAUGAUUGCCAUGGUUUGGUCAAGGAUGUAAUUCUUGGGAUUCAGCAGGAGCUUAAUCUGGCGCAUAAUCAUUUCUUAGAAGAGUUCAGUAGAGUUUGUCAGCUAAUGAAGAGAUGGGGUUCGCCAGCUGUUUUCUUCUUCUUCUUCUUUGUCCUCCUGCUUGGAGCUUUCUUUUACUGGGUUGAUCAUACUAUUAUUACAAGUAUCAAAGGACAUAAGAGAUCCCCCAGCAUAAUUGAGCUCCCGCUCAAACGCUCCCUCAAUGGAAGCAUGGAGCAAUCACGCGUGUCCACUUAUCCAGUGAUAUUCAGGCCUAACAACUUAUCAUCCACAGCAUGCCCGGAGUACUUUCGGUGGAUCCACGAGGAUCUAAGGAUCUGGAAGAGCACGGGAAUCUCAAGGGCCAUGGUGGAAAGAGCUAAAGAUUAUGCACAUUUUAGAUUGGUGAUUCUCAAGGGAAAGAUUUAUGUGGAGAAAUAUAAGAAGUCAUUUCAUACAAGAGAUGAGUUUACAAUAUGGGGUAUCUUGCAACUGCUAAGGUUGUAUCCUGGAAAGGUACCAGACCUGGAACUUAUGUUCUGGUGUGAAGACAGGCCUGUGAUCCUGAAGAAAGAUUACCGAGGAACAAAUGCCACUUCGUCACCAUCCAUAUUUCAAUAUUGUGGGCAUGAGGAUGCUUUGGGCAUUGUCUUUCCUGACUGGACCUUUUGGGGUUGGGCUGAGACCAAUGUAAGCCCAUGGAAAACCCUGUCCAAGGACUUAAAAGAAGCCAACAAAAGGACCAAGUGGAAGGAUAGGGUACCCUAUGCUUAUUGGAGAGGGAACCCAAACGUGGCUGCAUCUAGGAGACAACUCAUGUGGUGCAAUGUUUCUGAUAAAUAUGACUGGAAUGCUCGUCUCUAUAAACAGGAUUGGCGUACAGAGAGUGAGCAAGGAUAUGAACAUUCAAGAUUGGAAGACCAAUGCACACACAGGUACAAGAUUUAUAUAGAAGGAAGAGGAUGGUCAGUGAGUGACAAGAAUAUAUUAGCAUGCGAUUCCAUGACUUUGUUCGUAAAGCCCGAGUACUAUGAUUUCUUCAUCAGAAGCAUGGUACCGUUGCAACACUACUGGCCCGUUAGUGCCAGAAACAAGUGCAGAGAUAUCAAGUUUGCUGUCGAAUGGGGCAACAACCAUACUGAUAAGGCACAGGCUAUCGGGAAGGCAGGGAGCAAGUUUAUUCAAGAAAAUCUAAAGAUGGAAUAUGUGUAUGAUUACAUGUUUCAUUUAUUAACAAAAUAUGCGAAGCUCUUAAAAUUUAAACCGAGAAUUCCUGAAGGGGCAGUUGAGGUGUAUUCAGAGACUAUGGCACGCCCUCACAGAGGUUUAUGGAAGAAAUUCAUGGCAGAGACUCUGGUGAACUUUCCUAGCGAUACACUCCCAUGUACAAUGCCGCCUCCUUAUGAACCUCGUACACUUGAAGCUUUUAUUGAGAGUAAGGAGACAAUUACAAGGCAAGUGGAGAGGUGGGAGAAAGAAAAUUGGAAAAAAAGUUAAUUAAGAAGCAGCAGGUUCUUCAUCUCUGAUACGGGCAUUGCAUUUACAUUUUGAAUGGAUGGUCACUGAACAACGAAACAUUUUGAAGAAUAGAGCUCCAAAAACAAUAGAUUGAUAGAACAAUAUAUCUUGCAUACUGCCCAAACCUGUGUUUCAAUCCAGUAAGAAGCCCUAUAAGUUUUGGGUUACACAUGGGAUUAGGCCUUCCUACUCUAAAAUCUCUUCUUUCAUGUCCUCUGUUUGAAUCCAAAAUCCAAGUC